AUGUUUAGAAGUAUCCUAAGACCUAGUCAUUUCGCCAGAGCGAGACUAAUUCCAAUCGUUCCAGCUCAAAGAAACUUCCAUGCCACUCCUUUGAACUUGAAAAAAAGACUAAGCAAGAAGACUGUCGAAGUGGAGGAGAACGAGGCCGCUGUAGGUGCCCCAGAAGUCAACUUCGACGAGUUAAAAACAAAAAUGCAAGCUGUUAUCGACAGAUUUGGCAAGGUCGCUAAUGAAGCUAAGGUUGGAAGAACCAGUCCUCUGAUAUUCGACGAUCUUACUAUCAAGACCACAGAUGGAGACCUUCCUUUCACCGCUACUGCUCAAACGGCAGUCAAAGGUCGUAACUUCCAAAUCACAGUGUUCGAUCCUUCUAAUACCAAAAACAUUGUCAGCGCCAUCUUGGCUUCUGGCCUUAACAUGACGCCAAUCUCUGAUCCACAAAAUAAGCAGCAAUUGAAAGUUCCUUUACCACCAGUUACAACUGAUUCUAAAAAGGAAACUGUGAAGCAAUUGAAGGAAUCCUUCGAGAGACACCGCAAUGGUCCUGGUGGUCAUAGUAAGAACGCUCACACAUUGGCAUCCAUAAGAGGUGACCUCAAAAGAAGAUUGUCCAAGAAGCAAAAGAAGUCAGACGACGAAACCAAAGCUUGGAAUGACUUUGAAAAAUUACACAAGCAGUAUUGCGACAAGCUUCAGGACGUCUUCAAAGCAGCAGAGAAGGCUAUAUUGAAGUAA